CAUUUACGGUGGUGGACUUGAAAGUUUCUGUGUGCGUGACAAGUGGGUCUGUUUAUGCCGGAUGUAUUCCUACUUUCGUGGACAGCGCAUGCGCACCAUCUUUAGGACCUUGGGAUGCAAUUGUACUCAUUCGGACAAUGAAAGGCUUAUAGUAUAUGAAUGCCCAUAGCAGUACAACAGUGGGAUGGCAACCACUGAGGAUGUGAGCGUGUCCACGGGGCAGGUGAUGAUGGUGAAGACGGAGGAUGGAAGCGACGCCGACGAUCUGAAUAAAACCCAAGUCAUUCUCCAGCUCCACUCCAUUACCGCUGGAGACCAGCCUGUUGAAACAGAUGCAUCUGUCAUGGCGGAUCAAGAACAUGCCGAAGAGACGGACGAAGGAGAUGUGGAACUUGGCUGUCCGAUAACAUGCGGAGACAGUAAAGCCAUGUUGCUUGUGAAGAAAUUUGUUUGCCCGGGAAUCAACGUGAAAUGUGUGAAGUAUGAAGACCAGCUGAUCAGUCCAAAGCAGUUUGUACAUAUUUCCGGAAAGGCCACACUGAAAGACUGGAAACGAGCUAUUCGGAUGGGUGGAGUCAUGUUAAGGAAAAUCAUGGAUUCAGGCCAGCUUGACUUCUAUCAACACAGUACGUUGUGUACAAACACUUGUCGCAGCACCAAGUUUGACCUCCUAAUCAACAACACACGGUUCCCACCUGACGGCAGUGGACUCACAACCAUAUCAUCUCAGGCUCAGGAGUCCUUGGAGGAGGCCCGGACCGGAGGUGACAAUUCCACGGAGAAGCCAGGCAACAAGGUGGACUGGGUGUCGAGUUCGCUGGAAUCUGGAAACAAGGACUCCCAUGAACUCCCAGAGGAUACGCUCAAUUUCUGGAUAGGGAUUGCCGAUGUGGGUUUGCUUGGAGAAGUGGUCUCCAAAAUCAGCAGCGAGCUUCUGGAUCUGUUAAACGGAAUGCCGUUGCUAAAGGAGUCGGCUGUGUUACAGGACACGGACAUCGCUGUGCUCAGUAAUCUUGGUCAGGUGUUUGGACUCCUGGACACGGUGAAGAAGAUGCUGGAGAAGAGGAGGCAACAGACCGAUCCCAACCAGGAGCAAAUUCUCAGCAUCCUCAGCAACUUGGACUUGCAGUUGUCGGAACAGCGGAAGCAGCAACAGGUCCAAGCUCUUCUAUCCAAGCCUGCCAAAACAGUCACGGCCGCCAAGCGUCAAACAAAGCGUCCCCGUUUACAGAGGCCCGUGACCCCCGCCGCCACCCUCCUGACCUCCACCUGCAACAAUCAGACCGUGGCGACGCCGCCGCAGUUCACCAUCCUGUCCCCGAUCUCGUUAUCGUCGCUGGGUCAGCCGUUCACCGUUGCCGACCUGCCCAUCACGUCCCUGGCUCAGCCGUCCAACACGGUCACUCUGCUCCCCGCCGGCUCUCAGCUCUUCACGCGGUACAUGGUGACCGGGGACGGGAAAGCCGACAGCAUCACGUUGGUGGACGCCAGUCCGGUGCAGGACCACGCCCACUUAGGUACAAUGGUGAGCCCUGUGGAGCUGGUACACCUCAGCCAACAGACUGUGGGUGGCGAGGUGCUACCUAUGGACGGCGCCAUGUUGGUGCAGGGGGAGGUGGACGCCGGCCAGGAGCACACGGUUAUAGAGAUCAACCCACCUCCAGUAGAAGAAGACAUAGGAGUCAUGGAGCUACACUUGACUGAGGAGUCCGGGGGAGUCGAGUCCGGCUUCAUUGGCAGUAGGACGAUGGAGGUCACGAUUGGAGAAGCGGAGGGGACACGGCCUCAACUGCAAGUAGCGCAGGCGCGAGGGGUUCAGGGGGUGGAGUUGGAUACUCGAGGACCGGGAGUGCAGAUUGUGGUGGUUGGAGAGAAUGCUCAGGGCAAAUAAGACACGUCUAUGCAGUCGGCGUCGGUAUGGACGGGAGAAACGUGUCAAGAACUUCCUCGACCCUCAUUGGUCAUUCUAUUUAUUUGCAAAGUUGAUACACUUCUACUAGUUUGCAUCAAAUCAGUUGGACCUUUUAAUAGGGUGGGGGGGCAGUGUGUGUUUCCCCCGUAACUGCUACACAACGCUUGCAUCAAUACAGAAGAAUCACAAGCUACAGCAGGGGUGUCCAAAGUGUGGCCUGAGUGCCAUUUUUAACUCACAACCAUUUUUAUUCACAUUGUAAUAUUCAUUCAUUCAUUCAUUGUCUAACGCUUAUCCUCACAAGGGUCGCGGCGGGAGGGGCCAGCCAGCCAAUCACAUGACACAUAAAGACAAACAACCAUUCACACUCACAUUCAUACCUAUGGACAAUUUGGAGUGGCUAAUUAACCUAGCAUGUUUUUGGAAUGUGGGAGGAAACCAGAGAAAACCCACGGGGAGAACAUGCAAACUCCACACAGAGAUGCCCGAGGGUGGAAUUGAACCCGGGUCUGCGCGUUAACCACUCGCCCGCCAUGCAGCCCCACAUUGUAAUAUAAAAAAAACAGCAAAAAGGGCAAAAACUGCAGUAAAUUGACUAGAAUAAAGUUGUAAUCUAAAGAGAAAAAAUAUUUUAAUAUUAUGAAGACUGUAAUGUACUGAUAAUGUUACUGAUAAUGUAAUUUUUGUGAUUAAAUAUUAAAGUAAUAUGAGAAAGAAAAUGUAAUUUGGGAAAAAUUAGGUGGGGAAAAAUAAAGUCAUAAUUAUGAUAAAGUUGAAACAGUUGGAAAAAUUAACAACAACAACAGAACUAGCUGCACAGCAACCCAGUGGUUAGCACGCAGGCCUCACAGCCAGUUGACCCCGAGUUCGAUUCCACGGUGGGCCAUCUCUGGGUGUUGGAUUUUGCAUGUUUUCCCCGUGCAUGUGUGGGUUUUCUCCGGGUACUCCGGUUUCCUCCCACAUUCCAAAAACAUGCUAGGUUAAUUAGCCACUCCAAAUUGUCCAUAGGUAUGAAUGUGAGUGUGAAUGGUUGUUUGUCUAUAUGUGCCCUGUGAUUGACAGCUGGGAUAGGCUCCAGCACCCCCGCAACCCUCGUGAGGAUAAGCAGUUGAAAAUGAAUGAAUGAACAACAUAACUAGCUGUAAUUUUAUGAGAAUCAUUUAUGAGAAAAAAAUAUAAGAAUAAACUUGUAAUAUUAGGAGGAAAAUUUACAGUUGAAAUACUAAAGUAAAAAGACAUUUUUAAAAAUGUAAUGUGAGAAAAAAAUUAAGUUGUCAUUUUUGGAACUUCAUAAUCAUGAACUUCAUAAUAAUAAAGUCAACCGUUUGGACACCCCUGCACUAGCAUAAAAGCUCACUAACCAAGCAGCUUUGUUUGCUCUUAUCCCGUAGUAAAACUGUUCAUGUUCAUAUCUACAGUAACCAUCCAAGUCUUUACUUUCAUACCUUCAUCCACGCCAUUUUGAUUUAUUUGAUAUAUCCGAGCAAGCCUCAUAAGCCCAGGUUUUCUUUUUCUAAACGGGUCAUCAUGAACAUUAGGACAUUUGCUAGCCUAAAGUCAAUAAAUGACUGAAUCGAACCUAGUUGAUACGUACUUUUUGGCGUCCCUGUACUUCUAAAGUAUGUACAUUUCUACGUCUUCAUAGGAAAAUGGCAUCUCCACGUUCCUCACAUCCAUUAUUAAAGUGCACCCACUUAUUGUUUCUUAGACUUUUCCCCCAUUUGUAACACGCACUGAAAAUUAUUAUUAGCUUUCUGAGUUUAUCGCUUUUUAGUUGAACGUCCCCAUUACAGGCAACACAGUAUGAUGAAGUUGUUGCGUGCUUCAUUGGUUUUUGCUGUGUUUCAUUUUUCCCAAAGUAAAGAGAGCAAGUGUGUUUAAAGUCAAAUGAAGCAGUGUUUUAUUAGUACAUUACUACAUAAAAACAGUCCUGCUAGCCUGGCGUUGAUGUUCUUGGAUUUCGUGUCAACAUUUGUAAUAAAAGUGACUAUUAUGUAUUA